UAUAGGUACUACCAUUAGAGGGGACGACUAGCUAGCUAGUGAUCACAAGAAAAAGAGAUGACUAUAACCGGAAAGAUAUCACGUGAAGUUGAAAUCAAAUGCGAUUGUCACUUGGUCUAUGACCUCUACAAGAACAAUCCACACGACUCAUCAGUCGCCGACCCUGAGAAGGUUGAAGCUUGUCAUUUAGUUUCUGGCCAAUGGGGUGUUCCUGGAUCUGUCAUUCAUUGGGACUUCUAUCAUGAUGGAAGAAAGGAAACUUGCAAAGAAAUCGUUGAAGAAGUUGAUGAUGAAUUGCACAAAAUUGUGUUCAAAGUGAUUGAAGGAAAUAUCUUGGAGGUGUAUAAUUCCUUUAGCUUCAUCCUUAAGACCCAAGAUGUGGGCGAUAAGAAGCUUGUUAUCUGGACUAUAGAGUUCGAGAAGGCGAAUGCAAGUAUACCGGAUCCAACAUCGUAUCUGGACUUGCUUUGUGGAAUUGCUGGAAAUAUGGAUGCUCAUUUUCUCAAGCAAUCAUGAUGUCGCCCGAUAUGUUCAAUAAAUAAAUGCUGCAAAUAUAUUAAUUCGUAAUUAAUAUAUAUUGAGUGCUUUUGAAGAUAUGUAUUGUAAACUAGCAUGGUGUACAUGUUCUUGUGUAUUUCAAUUACUUUUGCUGGAAUUGUGCUAUCUUUUGCUUGAUUUUUGUUUUUGAAAGUAAAACUCACCUUUGAUA